AUGAAUUAACAAAUUGUAAGCAACAGUAUAAGAGAAUUUAGUCAGUAUAACAGAGUAUUAGAGGGUAAUAAGCGAUAUGUGGAAAAAAAAUUGACAACAGAUGAUUAAUACUUCAAAAAAUUGUCAACAGGAUAAUCUCCAAAAUAUUUACUUAUUGGAUGUUCUGAUUCCAGAGCACCACCAAAUGAAUUAACAGAAACAGAUCCAGGAGAAAUCUUCAUCCAUAGAAAUAUUGCUAAUUUAGUAAUACCAACAGAUUUGAAUGUAAUAUAAAAUUAUAUUUUAAAGUUAAAUUGUGUAAUUUAGUAUGCAGUCGAACAUUUAAAUAUUCAUAGUAUUAUAGUAAUGGGUCACACAUGUUGUGGAGGAAUCAAAGCUGCAAUGGCUUAAGAAUCAGUUGGAGGAUUGUUAGAUUUGUGGUUGAAUCAGAUAAAAAUAGUUUAUGAAAAACAUUAAGAUCUUAUUGAAUCAUUAGAGAAUGAAGAAGAUAGAUUAGAUUGUCUUAGUUAAUUGAAUGUUAGAGCUUAAGUUAUGAAUAUAUGGAAGAAUCCAAUUAUUUAAAAGUCUUGGCAAAAAGGAAAUCGUAUUUUAUUUUAAUUAUAAUAGCUAUAAUGGUUCAUGGUUGGUUAUUUAGAGUUGAGACAGGUUAUAUUGAAGAAUUACUAAUUGAUUCAUAAACACCAUAUGAAAUGAAUAAAGUAUUUGCUUUGAAAUUUAAAUUGGAUUCUGAGAGAAUAUUAUCAAAAUAAACAACACCGUUAGGCUCACCGAAGAAUAAUGCAAGAAAGAGAUUUUAAUUCAUGUAAAAGAAGAUAAUUUAACAUAUCAAAUAAUAAAAGGAAAAUACUUCAAGAAUUGAAAAGAUUAGUGAUCUUCAAUAGAUAAGUGAACUAAUUUAAAAUUGUUAAGAGUUAUGA